GUUAAAGUUCACUUCAUGCAUUUCGGUGCCGUGUUUGUGUCUCUAUGGAUCCGUUGUGCUCUGCGGUGUUUGGCUUUUUGUGCCCUAUUACAGUAACAUCGCCGCUGUUUUAGCAGGAGUGUUGCUGAUGUUCGCUAUCCGCAGCCAUGACCACCAUCGUGCAUGACACCACAGAGGCGGUGAGCCUGUCUGCUGAGCACAACUUGUACCUGAAGCCCAUCGCCAAAAUGACCAUCAGCGUGGCUCUGCCGCAGCUCAAGCUGCCGGGCAAGAGCAUCUCUAACUGGGAGGUGAUGGAAAGAGUGAAGGCCAUGGUGGCCCCGGAGCUGUUCUCAGCCCUGCGGAUCUCCAAGAGCACCCUGGAUUACAUUCGCUUUGAGGGGGAGGUGGAAAACAAAACCGUGGUAAAGAGUCUGUUGGCCCGUCUGGAUGGAAAGAGCAUAAAGCUGAGUGGAUUUACAGAUGUGCUCAAGGUUCGUGCGGUAGAGAAUAAAGUGGAUUUUCCCACGCGUCAUGAUUGGGACUCCUUUUUUCGUGAUGCUAAAGAUAUGAAUGAGACCCUGCCAGGGGAGAGGCCUGAUACAAUCCACCUCGAGGGGCUUCCUUGUCGCUGGUUUAGCCUAAAAGACAGCCAGUUUCCUGACCGUCCUUCUGAGGAGGUUCUGAUCGCUGUGUUCCAGACAUUUGGCAAGGUCCGGAAUGUUGACAUCCCCAUGCUGGAUCCAUAUAGGGAGGAUAUGCUGGACAAGAACUUCAGCACUUUCAGCUUUGGGGGUCAUCUGAACUUUGAGGCUUAUGUUCAGUAUCAGGAAUAUGGCGGUUUUACCAAGGCUAUGGACUCCCUGCGUGGCAUGAAGCUAAUGCUGAAAGGAGACGAUGGAAAAGCUGUGGCAUGCAACAUUAAGGUUACCUUUGACACCAGCAAGCACCUCAGUGACGCGUCUAUCAAGAGAAGAAUCCAGGAGAGACUGAAGCUGCAGGAGCUGGAGAAGCAGAGGGAGGAGCAGAAGAGGAGGGAGAAGGAAGAGGAGGAGCGGCGGAAGGAGGAGGAGAGGAGACAGAAGGAGAUGGAAGAGGAGGAGAAGGAGAGGAAGAAGGAGGAGAGGAUCCGGAAACGGGAGCAGAAGCUUCGGGAGAAGGAGGAGAGGAGGAAUCUGAAGAAGGUGAAGAGGCAACAGGAGCAGGAGCAGAAGAAGCUACAAGUGAAGAUUGCCAUGGAGGAGCGAAGGCUGCUGCUGGCUCAGCGCAAUCUGGAAUCAAUACGGCUCAUUGCCGAGCUGCUCGCUCGAGCAAAGAUGUUGAAGCAGCAGCAGCAGGAGAAGGAGUUGGCUGAACGCAGGGAGCAGGAGAUGCAGGAAGAAGCUCGUCAGAAGGAGGAACUGGUCCGUCUUCAGCAGCUGGAGGCCUGUCGACGAAAGCAGGAGGAGGAGCUUCGGAGGGUUGAGGUGGAGAAGCAGCGAGCGCUGGAGCUCCAGCGGAAAGAGAAGGAGCUGAGGGAGAAGCUGCUGUGCAACCUGAUCAAGAAGAGCACUGAGAAGAGCACAGCAGGAGCAGACCUGGGCGGCCCGCCAACCAAAGAAGCAGCUCCGGAUCUUAGCGAUAUGAUGCUCGGGGUUCUGGGUCGGGUCAAUGGGGUGAAGAAGGAUGAUGGUAAAGAACUGCAAAAAUCUAGAUCUGUGCAUCCUGCAGCUUUGGUGAAAAUUAAAUCAAAGGAGAGACGAGGAGCGGACAAUAAAAAAGAGCUUGUCAGGAGCGUACACAGCAGGGAUCGGGGGGAUCAUGGGAGCUCGCGCAGUCGAGAGAGGAGGAGGCGCUCCCAGAGUUCGAGUAGACGGAGGAGGAGCUCGAGCCGCCGAAGGAGGAGUCACAGGAGGAGCGAAAGCCGUCACAGGGGAAGGAGGUGCAGCUCCAGCAGCAGAAGCUCCAGCAGGGAUAGGAGCCUAAGCCACAGAGGGAGGAGCUACAGCAGGGGGAGGAGCCAAAGACAAAGUCAUCGCAGGUACAGCAGAAAGAGGAGCAAAAGCCACAGGAGUCACAGUCAUCACAGGCGAAGGUACCACAGAUACAGCAACAGCAGAGACCGGAGCCACUCCAGGGGGCGCUGAAGGCAGCAGAGCCACUGACUGAUGUUCUGUCUGAGGAGGUCCCACAGUUCUCCACAGACGCAGAGGGAACGGUUCUCUGCUCAACCAGACCUACAGAACAUGGAGCUGAUUUCACAGGAAAACCAAACCAUUUCCAUUUAAUACCUUCUGUUUGUUGUUCACAUGGAUCUGAUUUAACAGUCAGUGUCAGAGAAUUAGAGGUUCGCUUUAACCCUCAGUUGGUUUUUAUUGAAACUCCAAUUCAACCUUCAAAGCAUGACGUCAUUGCUGCAUUAUUUCAUUUCUUAUCUGUAGAUGAAUUAUUUUAUAUCAGG